GUUGCUUUGGUGAGUUAGUGGCGCUCGCAAUGUCUGGACGUGGCAAGCAGGGAGGCAAGGCUCGCGCUAAGGCCAAGACUCGCUCCUCUAGGGCUGGCCUCCAGUUCCCUGUGGGCCGAGUGCACCGCCUGCUUCGCAAGGGCAAUUAUGCCGAGAGGGUUGGGGCCGGCGCGCCGGUGUAUCUGGCAGCGGUGCUGGAGUACCUGACAGCCGAGAUCCUGGAACUGGCGGGCAAUGCGGCCCGCGACAACAAGAAGACCCGCAUCAUCCCCCGUCACCUCCAACUGGCCAUCCGCAACGACGAGGAACUCAACAAGCUGCUGGGCAAAGUCACCAUCGCACAGGGCGGUGUCCUGCCCAACAUCCAGGCAGUGCUGCUGCCCAAAAAGACUGAGAGCCACCACAAGGCGAAGGGCAAGUAACUACCUGGACUAGUUUGUGGCAACUGGAGUAAAACGAGUCCAAACCAACGGCUCUUUUAAGGGCCACCCACGUCUUCUCUAAAAGAACUUAACAUUUCCACGUGGAAGAAAAUGAGACCUGGGGAAAACUUAAGCCAUAAGUUACCCAUCCUUAUACCUUUUUAAGACAGUGUAGCGAACACCGCAGAUUUAAAAGAAAAACUAGAGGGAAGGUGGUCCAGAUUCUACCACGUUUAAAAGUUAGGAUGUGAACAGAUGUAUUAGGCCAGUACUUAAUUUUAAACUUAGCGUGUGUCCACAGAGUGCCAGUGGCUUCGUGAGUUUUAGAAGCACUUUGGCACAAGGGUUAUUGCCCUGGCUAGAAUUUAGCAGACAGCUAUUCCACGCAGGCCAAGGGCGGCAAGAAGUCCCCCCGCUAUGUGCCCUGCACGGUGACCCUGCGCGACGUACGGCGCUACCAGAACUCCGAGCUGCUGAUCAGCAAGUUGCCUCCUGCGAGAGCUCGGCGGUGACGCCGCUGCAGGAGAGCGAGGCUGCAGGACUUUGUGACACGAUAGUCCACCUCCCUGCAAAGGCUCUCUCAGAGACACAUCUUUCCUGAUGGAUAGCUGUGAAGCAUUCUCUUACCCACCCCACUGCAUGUUUCAAAGUAUUCCUUUAAAAUGAAGUGAGUAAAAUACUGGGAUGACGUUAUCUGGAGCCCAAGAAAGAUUUUUCAUUUGGAAAGGCCUAAUAUCCUAAGUUGCUUACCCAGAAGAACUUGACAGGAUAGUUAUUUCUAAUAAACCUUAAAA